AUGGAGAGUGUAGCAGAAGACAGCAAGCUGAAUACCACGGCCAAGAUUACCUUCCUUUCACACACAGAAACCUUUGCAGCCGCCCAUAGACCGAGCAGCAAAUCUCUGAAUGAUGAUGAGAAUAGGAAGCUUUUUGGGAAAUGCAAUCAGAGCCAUGGGCACAACUAUAGAGUGACAGCAACCAUACGUGGACAGAUCGACCCCAUCAGUGGCAUGUUCAUGAAUAUUUACAAGCUUCAGGAAUAUAUGCAGCACCAGUUCAAAGGCAUCAAGAUAUGA